AUGGCAACACCAACACUAACAGAGAGCAGGUCUCUGCGACCUGCAGGCCAGCUUGAACUGGAGGAGCCACAAGACGAUGUGGAAUUUAUCAACCAACACCUCGAACCAGCGGACCAUGGACCCGCUGCUUGGAAACUGCUGGGGACAGCAUUUGUCUUUGAAUCGCUGCUAUGGGGAUUCCCACUCUCGUUCGGAGUCUUCCAAAAUUAUUACUCAGAGCUCCCCGAGUUCGCCGGUAAUCCAUACAUCUCCGUGGUAGGCACCGUGGCCUCAGGAAUAUCCUACCUAGGAGCCCCGUUCACCGCACCAUUCAUCAAGCGCUUUCAAAAGUACCAGCGCCAGAUGAUCUGGAUUGGAUGGCCAAUAUGCAUAAUCGCACUAAUAAGCGGAUCCUUCGCCUCAACCCUCGAAACCCUCAUCCUAACCCAAGGCGUAGCCUACGGCCUCGGCUUCCUCAUAUUCUACUACCCAAUCCUCAACAUGGUAAACGAAUACUGGGUUGCACGUCGCGGGAUGGCAUACGGACUCCUCUGCAGCGCAUCAGGCGUCUCGGGCGCUGCAAUGCCCCUCAUAAUGGAGAAACUGUUAAACAAAUACGGCUAUCGAACGACGCUACGAAUUGUCGCCAUUGCGCUAUUCGUUCUCACCGGUCCAUUGAUACCUUUCCUAAAGGGCCGCCUACCAGUCUCACGAUAUACCACACCGACAACAGCUCUAUCAGACUGGAGGUUCCUUCGAACACCUCUGUUCUGGGUAUACUCCGGUUCGAAUGUGAUACAAGGAUUGGGGUAUUUCUUUCCAUCGCUGUAUCUACCUUCAUAUGCUCAGUCGAUGGGGAUGAGUAGUACAAUGGGAGCGCUACUUCUUGCGUUGAUGAGUGUAUCGCAAGUGGCGGGUCAGUUUACGUUUGGGGUUCUGUCUGAUAGGAAGGUUUCUGUUAAUUUUCUUAUUGCCGUUUCGACUGUUGUUUCGGCCGUGGCUUCCUUUGCGUUAUGGGGACUUGCUCAUUCGCUCGCGCCUUUGAUUGUCUUUGCUUUGGUUUAUGGCUUUUUCGGAGCUGGGUAUGUUGCUAUGUGGGCGAGGAUGUCGACGACUGCAGACGACUACGUUGAUGAAAUUCGAGCCCGGGAAGUCGAAUCUCGCAUGGUUCUUGGUGCUGCAGCAGAUGCUUCCUGGAAUGGCGCCGUCUAUAUCGCUCUUUCUCUCUUCUUUUUUGUUGGCGCCUGGGCGCCAGACGUGAAAGAUCUUCCAGCUCAAGCCGACCUAGGCCUCGAGUAUGUCGCAGUGCAAAUCUGGGAACCUUAUCAACUUGAUGAGGAGGCCGCAUUCCGUAAUAUCAUCCUCGCGGCCCGUUCCUCGCUCGAUGAGCGGUCGAGUCCACUGGGCACGGCGGCCAGGUCGCAACCAGACAGUACUCUUGCAUCUUCCACUCUGUUUCCAAAUGGUGGCGCCGAGCUCUAG